GUCACUUCAACAAGUCUUGCAGCAUUUCACAAAUGUGCUUUAUUUAAGACUGAAGGUACUUCACACGCCGUUAAGCUUUGGAAGGGAGAGGAUGAAGCUUUCUGAUAGCUUCAACCAUGGCAAAGCAGGGAAGAUGAGUUAUGUUACUCUCUGGGUGUGUCUUCUUAUUGCAGUGACCUUGCUUUGCCUCAUCAAAUCCGGUUUCAACACCGCAGGCGCAUUGACCCUGCAAAUAUCCAUCUGGUCCAAUGUUUUAUCGACGGGGCAACUGAAUAAUACUGAACGACAAGUGGGGGCAAAGAGUCCUACUUUCUCGUUCGAGGAUGCACAGGUCAGUGACACGCCCAAUGAAGACGAGCAACUUCCCGUAGGGGAUGUCGGAGUAACGUGUGACUACACCGGCGCCGACUCCGACACUUGCUGGAUCGCCGGCGAUAUCAGAGUCCUCACCAACUCAUCCACCAUCAUGGUCGCCUCGCCGCUCGCCGACCAAUUCUCUCCGUCGCAAAACACGACGUGGAAGAUCAGACCUUACACCAGAAAGCAGGAGGUGACGACCCAGAAACUCGUCCGAGAGCUGACCGUGGCGUUGACCUCACAGCCUCCUCGCUGCACGGUCAACCGCAGCACCGUGCCCGCUCUGUUCUUCUCCACCGGCGGCUUCAUCGGCAACUACUUCCACGACUUCACCGACGUCAUCAUCCCCCUCUUCAUGACGGCCAGGAGGUUCAACGGAUCCGUCCAGUUCGUCGUGGUGGAUUUCAGCGCCGCUUUCAUGGAAAAGUACCGGCCAAUUCUGGAGCGGCUCUCGGAUCACCCCGUCAUCGACAUGGACGGCGCGGACGACGCAGUGCGUUGCUUUUCCCACGCGCACGUCGGCCUUCUCAGCCACAAAGUGCUGGGCAUCGAUUCCUCCAGCUCCCCAGAUGGCGUCUCCGUGCACGACUUCAGAGACUUCCUGAGGGCGUGCUUCUCGCUCAAGCGAAAUUUCAGCAGCCCGAGUAGCAAACCGAGGCUGCUGCUAAUUCUAAGGAAAGGCCCGCGAUCCUUCGUCAACGAAGCAGAGGUGGUGAACACCGCGGGAUCGCUCGGGUUUGAGCUGAUCUCGACGACUCCGGAGGACGCCGACAACCUCUCGCUCUUCGCCCGAAUUGUGAACUCGGCGGAUGUUCUCGUGGGGGUUCACGGCGCAGGGCUGACCAACAUGUUGUUCCUCCCUGACCAUGCCACGCUGCUUCAGAUCGUUCCUUGUUGCGGGAUGGCGAUGACGGCGGGAAACAGAUAUCUCUUCGCCGAGCCGGCCCUGGACAUGGGAUUAAGGUACGUGGAUUAUGAGAUAAGCGAGGAGGAGAGCUCGCUGAUCGAUAUGUACCCCAGAGGCGGCGCAGUGUUCAAGGACCCUGCUUCCAUUCAGAAAGAACAAGGAUUUGUUGCGUUUUGGAACAUUUAUUUGAAUCAGCAGAAGGUGAAGCUGGACGUCGAAAGGUUUCGGAGCAAGCUGCUUGAUGUUCUUCAUAGUAUCAAAAAUUAGAAGGCAUUCAGUCGUUCUCAAUUCAUAGUGCCCUAUAUAUGUUUGUGUUUAUUUCAAUUUUUUUAAGGUCAAGUGUUUCAGUUGUUUUUGUUAUUACAUUUCAGAGUUGUAAUUUAUUGG